UGGGGGGCCUGCAUCGUCUGCAAUGCUGAGAAAGUUUUGGACCCUUCCCUUCCCUUCUGGACCCUUCUCUUACUCUCUACUCUGUGCUCCCCCAAUCUUUUCUCUGUUUGUGUUGCAUAUUCGAGCAGCACUCAUCGUCACCUCGCAACAAGAACAGGCAAGGCGUCACCAAUCGCUUGUGUUCCUUCUCUUCUUCUUCUUCUUCUUCUUCUUCUUCUUCUGCUUCAAACUCGUUGUUGCACGAAUGGCUUUGGCUCGUAUGUGUUUGAGGAGGACUACUAGUCUUCUCCUCCGCGGCCGGCACUCCUUUCCAUUGACUGCAGUUGGGGUGGCUCGGGGAGGCAGGAGCAGUAUUGAUUUUGGAGCGCCUUCCUCUUAUUCUGCCGUUCCCGAUCAUCGUUCUCCUCCAAAACGGGAAGACGAGAAGAAAGGCGGGGAGGUGGCGGCGGCGACGGAGUCAUCAUCGACUCCUGCCCCUCGCAGACGUGGGCUGCUCUCGAGGCACCUCAUUCCCUUCCGCUUCGACAGCACUGGGCUGGGGAAUGCACUAUGGCAAGUGUCUGAGAAUUUGAAUCGAUUAUUGGAGAAGUGGGCACCCUCUCGUCUCCUUGGUCGUAUGAAAGAAGUCGAUGACUGCUACAAACUAUUUUUUGAGGUACCGGGACUAAGGAAGGAAGACAUGAGGAUUACAGUGGAAGAUGGAUUUCUGGUGAUCACAGGAGAGCGCAAGGAGGAGGAAGAGGAUGACUCUGACGAGGAGGGCGGUUGGUACUCCAAAAGCUAUGGAUAUUACAAUACUAGCUUAUUGUUGCCAGAUGAUGCCAAAGUGGAAGAGAUCAAGGCAGAGGUUAAAGAUGGGAUUCUCAAAGUCACCAUACCUAGGAACGAAGAGAAGAAACGAAAUAUUCGGGAGGUCAAAAUCCAGUAGCAUCUUGUGUUUGUUGAAGCAGUCCUGCAGCUGUCGUACAUGUUCCUCAUUCCAGGGACGCAAUAAAGCUAUGAGGUAAUACCACGUUAUCCGUGUAUUAACUUUAACCUGUUUCUGGCUAAUGUUCUUGAUAUAUGAAGCGUUCCAUUAUGUCCUUA